AUGAAGGCUAUGAUUAUUGAGGAUUAUUGUGAGGAACCAGAUUUUAAAUUGGUUACCGAUUUUGAAAAACCUAAAGUUUCAUCUUCCAAGCAAGUUCUUGUGAAUUUAAAGACUGCUUCUGUCAAUCCUGUGGAUUACAAGUUGAGAAAGGGAGCAAUGAAGAUGGCUGCAUCUAUGAAAUUCCCAGCAAUUCUUGGAAAGGAUGGUUCUGGUGUUGUGGAGCAAGUCGGAGCUAAGGUUGAUAGAUUUAAAGUGGGAGAUCGUGUGACUGGAUUCUUGCCAAAUAACAAAACUGGAAGUUAUGCUGAGUAUGCUGUGUUUGAGGACGAUGAAUUGACACUCUAUCCUGACCAAUUGACUCACCAACAAGCAGCUGCAUUUCCAUUGGCUGGAUGUACUGUUUUGGAAAUGUAUAGAAGACAUCCACUUAUUGGAGAAGUUUUAGAUAGAGAAGGUGAAAGUGCCUACAAGACUGGAAAGAUUUCUGAUGCACUCACUGGUACAAAGAAGGAUUUGAAAAUUCUCAUUAUUGGAGCAUCUGGCGGCACUGGUAGUAUUGCUGUAAUGGUUGCUAAACAAUUCUUGAGUAGAUAUUUCAACACCAAGAUUUAUGCAGUUUGUUCAGAGAGAAAUUCUCAAUUUGUUACUUCUCUUGGAGCUGAUGUCGUAAUUGAUUAUAACAAGACCUCUGCAAAGGCCGGUGCUCACACUACACACGCAUCUGGUGGUUUGGCAGAUAGUAUGAAGAGUAUUUGUCAAUUGAUUAGUGAAACACAUGGUGACAAGUAUGUGGAUAUUGUUAUUGACACAGUUGGCGGAUAUUAUUACUAUGAGGAUGUUUGUCAACAUUUGGACUGUAAAUCAGCUGAAAAGGGAGUUACAUUCUCAACCAUUUCUACACCUAAUCCAAACGAAUAUACUUUGACCUUCUCCAGCUUGGUAAAGAUUGGUUGUUACAUUUCCUCAAACAAACUCAAAUCAAUGUCCAGCUGCUAUCCAUCCUAUCAUAUGGUAUUUCUUGGAAAGAAUGCAAAGGAUAUGAAUUUACUUUUGAAUCACAUUGUUGUUUCAAAUGAUGCCUACAAAUUAUUGCCUCUCAUUCCAUUCUCAUUGGAAAAUACUAAGGAUGCUCACUUACAAAUGCAAUCUCAAAGAACAGUGGGUAAAAUCAUCAUUGACAUUGAAUAA